AUGUCUUUGUGUGGGUCCUCAAAAGGAGCUUCCUUUGGCCGCAGACCAAUUCAAAGAAAGGUGGUUGUCUGCGGCGAUGGUGCUUGCGGCAAAACAUCGCUUCUCAACGUGUUCACGCGUGGAUUCUUUACCCAAGUCUAUGAACCCACCGUGUUUGAAAACUAUGUCCACGAUCUUCUGGUCGACGAUCAGCUUGUAGAACUGAGCCUUUGGGAUACCGCCGGACAAGAAGAGUUCGACCGUUUACGUUCGCUUUCUUAUGCUGAGACACAUGUUAUCAUGAUAUGUUUUUCCGUUGACAAUCCAGUUUCAUUGGAAAAUGUUGAAUCCAAGUGGUUAGACGAAAUUCUUGAGUACUGCCCAGGGGUCAAGGUACCUUUGAAAUGUGACCUUCGCGAUGACAGAGCAGUAAAGGACCGGUUACUACGGUACGGAACGCACCCCGUGGAAUAUGAAGAAGGGCUUUCAGUGGCUCGACGAAUACGAGCAUCCCGAUAUCUAGAAUGCAGUUCGAAGCAUAACCGUGGUGUCACCGAGGUCUUCUAUGAGGCGGCCCGCGUGUCACUGAGCACGCGUGCAAAAGGUUCUCGAGACAACUGCAUCGUAAUGUGA